GGCUACUGGGCGCUGCGACCGGCCGGGCCAGAGACUGCGACCCACGGCGGCGGGUGGAGUGGCCCAGAGCGCGCGGCUUCGCGCCGGGUCCUGCGGGGUCCUGCCCUCCGAUCCAGCGCGUCCCCCGGCGCUGCGGCUGCUCUGGCCAUGGCUCCCCGGCGCCGCGCCAGCCCAGGGAUCGCUGUCGCCUGCUGCUGGCUCCUCACCGUCGUUCUAGGCUUCUGCGUAUCAUUCAAUGUUGAUGUGAAAAAUUCCAUGACUUUCAGCGGCCCAGUGGAGGACAUGUUUGGAUACACUGUUCAACAAUAUGAGAAUGAAGAAGGAAAAUGGGUGCUUAUUGGUUCUCCUUUAGUUGGCCAACCCCAAAACAGAACUGGAGAUGUCUAUAAGUGUCCAGUUGGGAGAAGCGAAUCAUUACCUUGCAUAAAGUUGGAUCUACCAGUUAAUACAUCAAUUCCCAAUGUCACAGAAGUAAAGGAGAACAUGACAUUUGGAUCAACUUUAGUCACCAACCCAAAGGGAGGGUUUCUGGCAUGUGGGCCCUUAUAUGCCUACAGAUGUGGCCAUUUGCAUUACACAACUGGAAUCUGUUCUGACGUCAGCCCCACAUUUCAAGUCGUGAACUCCAUUGCUCCUGUACGAGAAUGCAGCUCUCAGCUGGACAUAGUCAUCGUGCUGGAUGGUUCCAACAGUAUUUACCCCUGGAAAAGUGUGACAGAUUUUUUGAAUGAUCUUCUUGAAAGAAUGGAUAUUGGUCCUAAACAAACACAGGUUGGAAUUGUACAGUAUGGAGAAAACGUAACCCAUGAGUUCAACCUCAAUAAGUACUCGUCGACGGAAGAGGUGCUUGUUGCAGCGAACAAAAUAGUCCAGAGAGGAGGCCGCCAGACCAUGACAGCCCUUGGGAUAGACACAGCAAGAAAGGAGGCUUUCACUGAAGCCCGGGGCGCCCGACACGGGGUAAAGAAAGUCAUGGUGAUUGUGACUGAUGGAGAGUCCCAUGACAACCAUCAACUGAAUCAGGUCAUCCAAGACUGUGAGAAACAAAAUAUUCAGCGGUUUUCCAUUGCUAUUCUCGGCCACUAUAACCGAGGAAAUUUAAGCACUGAAAAAUUUGUGGAGGAAAUAAAAUCAAUUGCAAGUGAACCCACUGAAAAGCAUUUCUUCAACGUCUCUGAUGAAUUAGCUCUAGUCACUAUCGUUGAAGCUCUGGGAGAAAGAAUAUUUGCCCUGGAAGCCACUGUGGACCAGUCAGCAGCUUCAUUUGAAAUGGAAAUGUCUCAGACCGGCUUCAGCGCUCAUUAUUCACAGGACUGGGUCAUGCUCGGAGCAGUAGGAGCCUAUGAUUGGAAUGGAACAGUCGUCAUGCAGAAGGCCAAUCAACUCAUAAUCCCCCAAAACACAACCUUUAACGUUGAGUCUACCAAAAGGAAUGAACCGCUUGCUUCCUAUUUAGGUUACACAGUAAACUCUGCCACUGUUUCUGGAGAUGUGCUCUACAUUGCUGGACAGCCACGGUACAAUCAUACAGGCCAGGUCAUCAUCUACAGGAUGGAAGGUGGAGACGUCAAGAUUCUCCAGACACUCAGUGGAGAACAGAUCGGUUCCUAUUUUGGCAGUGUGUUAACAACAAUUGACAUUGAUAAAGAUUCUAAUACUGACAUUCUUCUGGUUGGAGCUCCCAUGUACAUGGGAACAGAGAAAGAGGAACAAGGAAAAGUGUACGUGUACACUCUGAAUCAGACAAGGUUUGAAUAUCAAAUGAGCCUGGAACCCAUUAAACAGACUUGCUGUUCAUCUCUGAAGCACAAUUCAUGCACAAAAGAAAACAAAAAUGAGCCAUGCGGGGCUCGUUUUGGAACAGCUAUUGCUGCUGUGAAAGACCUCAAUCUUGAUGGGUUUAAUGACAUCGUGAUAGGCGCUCCCCUGGAAGAUGAUCACGGGGGAGCCGUGUACAUUUAUCAUGGAAGCGGCAGGACUAUAAGGAAAGAGUAUGCACAACGUAUUCCAUCAGGUGGAGAUGGCGAGACACUGAAGUUUUUUGGCCAGUCUAUCCAUGGAGAAAUGGAUUUAAAUGGUGAUGGUCUGACUGAUGUGACUAUCGGGGGCCUUGGUGGUGCUGCCCUCUUCUGGUCCCGAGAUGUGGCUGUAGUUAAAGUGACCAUGAAUUUUGAGCCCAAUAAAGUGAAUAUUCAGAAGAAAAACUGUCGUGUGGAGGGAAAGGAAACAGUGUGCAUAAAUGCUACAGUGUGUUUUGAUGUGAAAUUAAAGUCCAAAGAAGACACGAUUUAUGAAGCUGAUCUGCAAUACCGUGUCACGCUCGAUUCACUAAGGCAGAUAUCACGAAGUUUUUUCUCUGGAACCCAAGAGAGAAAGAUUCAAAGAAACAUCACAGUUCGAGAGUCAGAAUGCACUAAGCAUUCCUUCUACAUGUUGGACAAGCAUGACUUUCGGGAUUCUGUAAGAAUAACUUUGGAUUUUAAUCUUACCGAUCCAGAAAAUGGGCCUGUUCUUGAUGAUUCUCUACCAAAUUCAGUGCAUGAAUAUAUUCCUUUUGCCAAAGAUUGUGGAAACAAGGAAAAAUGUAUCUCGGACCUCACCCUGGAUGUAUCCACCACUGAAAAGGGUCUGCUUAUUGUCAGGUCCCACAACGAUAAGUUCAAUGUUAGCCUCACAGUCAAAAAUAAAAAGGACAGUGCCUAUAACACCAGGACCAUCGUGAAUUAUUCUCCAAAUCUAAUUUUUUCAGGAAUUGAGGCUAUCCAAAAAGAUAGUUGUGACUCCAACCAUAAUAUCACAUGUAAAGUUGGAUAUCCUUUCCUGAGAACAGGAGAAGAGGUAACUUUCAAAAUAUUAUUUCAGUUUAAUACCUCUUAUCUCAUGGAAAAUGUGAUCAUUCAUUUAAGUGCAACAAGUGACAGCGAAGAACCUCCAGAAGCCCUUUCUGAUAACGAAGUAAACAUUUCUAUGCCGGUAAAAUAUGAAGUUGGACUACAGUUUUACAGCUCUGCAAGUGAAUAUCAUAUUUCAAUUGCGGCCAAUGAGACAGUCCCUGAAGUUAUUAAUUCGACUGAGGACAUUGGAAAUGAAAUCAAUAUUUUCUACUUGAUUAGAAAAAGUGGGCAGUUUCCAAUGCCGGAACUUAAGCUGUCAAUUUCAUUCCCCAACUUGACAUCAGAUAAUUAUCCUGUGCUGUACCCAAGUGGAUGGUCAUCUUCUGAGAAUGCAAACUGCAGACCCAGUAGCCUUCAGGAUCCUCGUGGUAUCAACUCUGGGCAGAAAAUGAUUAUAUCCAAAUCUGAAGAUCUCAAACGAGGCACAAUUCUGGACUGCAGUACAUGUAAAUUUGCCACCAUCACGUGUAAUCUGAUUCCUUCUGACAUGAGCCAAGUGAAUGUUUCACUUAUCUUAUGGAAACCAACUUUUGUAAAAGCACGUUUUUCCAGCUUCAAUCUUACUGUAAGGGCAGAACUUCAGAGUGAAAAUGCAUCACUGGUUUUAAGUACUGGCAAUCAAAAAAGAGAGCUUGCUAUUCAAAUAUCCAAAGAUGGGCUACCAGGCAGAGUGCCAUUAUGGGUUAUCCUCUUGAGUGCUUUUGCUGGAUUAUUGCUGUUAAUGCUGCUCAUAUUAGCACUGUGGAAGAUUGGAUUCUUCAAAAGACCACUAAAGAAGAAAAUGGAGAAAUGAAAUAUUUUACAAGAAAAAAUAAUUAUUCAAUGACCUAUCCUCAGGAGAAGAAAAGAGUUGAAAGUAAGAAAAUAUAAAGGAUGACACGCAGUGAAAAUCAGACCUCCACAGCCACAGAGAAGCUGUUUCACAUUCUCUAGGAAUCUAGAGUCCUGGACUGAUACUGUGAAGGUUAUUCUUUGUAAAUAUUUGUGAUUUCUAUGAUCCAAUUCGAACUUCAAUGAUCCAAUUUGUUCAUUUGUUUUCUCUGAGCACUAGGUUCAUGGAUAAUUUAAUCCUUGAAUACUUUUUGUCAUAAAUGUGCUUGAAAUGAAGCUUCUGGAGGAGAUAUUUUACAAAAUUUGAUGCUUACUCAAACAUAAUAAUUUUACCUACAAAUGCGUAGAUAGAUAGAUAUAUAUCUCCUCUUUUCCUUUUAGAAAAUCAACGUCUAGGCUCAGUUGGAAAACAAAUACUUGCACCAAGAGCAAAAGGUGGUUGCCUAGUACUUGAGUAAAGCUGGGUUGUAGUAGAGGCUGUGAGAAGCCCUGGCUGUAUUCUCUGUCAGCAUCCCCCGAAGGGCCACAGAGGUGCAGUGUGAAUGGCCAGCCCACCAACUUCCAGGCGAUGCGCUUUCAUACAGGAUGACGCCUUUGUCAAACAUGUUGUAAUCUGCUCCAUGCGAAUUAACUGUCUUGGAUUGCACAACACUGAGAAAACCAGGGAAGACCCAGGCUCAGAGCACGGUUAUUGUUCAAAUAAAGAGGCUUCUGGCAGAUCAGUUUUUUAAAAAUAGUAUCCUAGGUACCCUUCAUUUAUUUUCAAAACUUCUCAAGUGCCCCUCCGUUAGUCUUCUCCCCCAAGGGAGAUUUUUGGGGAGACUAUGGAGGAAAAUCUGUUUAAAACGUGUUCUGUUUGCUGUGAAUACUAGCUUCUGCAAGGUGACCAUUUAUACAGGAUUUCAGUCAUAACUUCUUCUCUGGCAGUCUAACGGGAUGAGAUGGUAUAACGUAAUAGGAAUAAAAUGCAGUGCACUUCAGAGAUGGAACAUCUUUAAGAGAUUUGUAAACCUUUACGGAACACCAUCAGCAACUGUACCAAUGGGGGAUCUGGCAGGAUGCAACCGUCUGUUGGGUCUCCAUCAGCACCCUACAAUUCCCAUCCUCACCUAUGGAAAUAAUAAUCCAAAAAAAUGAAAAGAAGGGCUUUAAAAUGCUCACAGUGAUGCUAUUUUUUAACUAAAAUAAACAAUUUAACUGUAAAGAGCAGACUUUUUAAUGCAAACACAGCUUCAAGGUGAGUCCACUGGGCAACCGCUUCCAAUAGGACUACUGACCCUAAAUCCCUCCUACACAGGACUUCUGAGACCACCCACUAGAUGCUGACUCCGCGGUACAUUAUGAAUGCUGCCACUUCCUGAAUGGAAGCACUGCUGUGCAGCAUCUUAUGUAGAACCAUAAAAAUAGACUUAGCAUCUAAUAUUGUAAUCUGGUGAACAAGUCAAUGUCUUUGAUCCUCAUAUUAAAAUUUAACCUUGCAUUUAGACAUUCCAAGUAACAGCCUUUAACUAUCAACCCUGAGGAAACAUAAAGGAGAGUGUGUAGGCUCUUCAACCCCAGUCCCAUUAUUCCCUACAACAUCUGGCACCCCAGAUGUCUAGUUCUUAACUGAUGAGAAUGGAUCCUUCUGCCCCUAUAAAGUUCCUGAGCUUAACUCCUGAACCCACUACAUCCUGGGGUCAGCCCUUCCACAUCAGACACAUCCAUAAGCACUUCUUGGUGAAAUUUUACCAUAACAAAAAAUAAGUGAGGAUGAGUUAUCACUUCUAACCUUGGACUCCAUCCUAUGAGAUCAGCUUUUGUUUUCUUUUCUUUUUUAAACACAUCAAAACCUUUCGCCCGUAGCUAAUGAGUUCAGAACUUUACAUAAGGCGUCCUUGCAUUUUCCUCCCAGCACAGACUGGAGAAUUUCAAUGAUUUUAGGAUUGGGCAGCAGGAGCUACAGCCCUUUUACAGGCUCUCUCUGCCUUCUGCCUUCCAGUUGGUUUCUUCUCUUCUCAACUGCACAGCAGGGAUGUUCUGUUUUGACCUGGGGCUUCCUUGGCAAGGUCGUUCAUUCUAAGCCUUGUGCCCCUUACAGGACUUUGAAUGGUAGCUCGUUCUUUGUUGCCAACUUGAGACUUGGAAAUCGUUUAAUUAUCUAACACACCACGGAAAUCAUGGCAAUAAACUCAGGACCAAUGACACUCAUAACUAAUGAUGUUUGAUCUUACCAUAUUUCAAGUCACGUUUUUAUGAAAAAAGACAGUCUGGAAUUUCAGGAGUUCUACAAAAGACUGAGACUCAAUGUUUAAUCUUUUAUUUCAGUUUGACCCAUGCAUAUAGAAUGGGGACAAAAUUUUAAAAAGAAAUCUUCCAAAUGACACAGAAUGUAAACCAGGCGUCCUCUUGAACAAUACCCUGCUGACAAUCCCUGCACCCACCCCCGUUCUUUAAGAGGUGGGAAGAGAUUGGAUGGGGCAAAGGGAGGGAUGUGAUUGUUCCUUUCCUCCACAGAGUAGCCAAGCAGAAGGGUGCCACCACACAGAACACAUCGGUGGCUUCCUGAGAGGUGACAGCAUCAUAGGUCCAGUGCCAGGGGGUAGUCAUCCUGUCGUGCCCCUGAGGCAUCUUGCGAGUCAGAAAAAUGAGCAGGAGAGGAAAUUAAGCUAUUUACCUUUUAUGUAUAUACUUUUACUCCUUGAAUACUGUAAGCUCCCUCAGACCACGUCAUACCCGCCCAUAAUACUAACACAUGUACUUUGCACAUAUAAAUUGAUUAAAUAGAGUAUAUUUUUACUUGUCCAUUAACCAGGGUUAAUUUCCUGGAGUUUAACACACUUUGGGCUCAAGUAAAAACAAUCAUUUGAAGCAACAACAGCUCAGAUCUUCUUCAUACUAGAACCAUGUGACGUGGGACAUCCCCAUACUUAGUCUUGAAUUCUGAGACACCCUCUGCCCCUAUUCAGGAUGCAACAGCCUCCUCUCUGCCUUCCUUAUGGGAAACAAUGGCCUCUAAGAAGAAUGCUGUACUGUGUAUUACUACUGUGAGGUUGUAAAAGUGUUAAUGGACAGUGUAAAGAAUUGUAUCCAUUUUACUAAAAAGAAAAAAUGUUGUAUAUAAUAACUACUGCCCUGAAACAUGUAUCAUAGGUACUCCAAUAAACUUUUCUGCACCAUCUAACAUAAA